GAGCCGGUGCUCUGCGGUCCUGGCAGCUGCGACUCAAAGGCGCCGCGGUUGCUCCGGCUGCCGAGGGCGGGGGACCCCGGCUCCCUCCCUGCCUGUGCCGGCCGGAUGCGCAGCAGCACCUGCCGCUCAGACAGCGGCACCAGGAGGGGGAGACACGGGGGCCUCGUCCUCCCCUGGGGUGGCGGCGGUGGCAGCCCGGAGAGCAGGAGGCCGGGAACAAAGGCUCCGCGCCAGCCCCUGUGGCUCCACCUGCCGCCCGCGGCGAUGGCUUCCCUCAGCCUGGGGGGGCUGAACGUCUCGGCCCGUAGGAAGAGCGUCCAGUCCCGCAACGCGGCGGUGGAGAGGAGGAACCUGAUCACCGUCUGCAGGUUCUCUGUGAAGACUCUGAUUGAUCGUUCCUGUUUUGAGACCAUUGAUGAUUCCUCUCCUGAAUUUAAUAAUUUUGCAGCCAUUUUGGAACAGAUUUUAAGUCAUCGUCUGAAAGGUCAGAUCACCUGGUUUGGCUAUGAAAGCCCUCGUAGCUUCUGGGACUAUAUCCGAGUAGCUUGCCGUAAGGUUUCACACAAUUGCAUCUGCAGCAUUGAGAAUAUGGAGAAUGUCAGUUCUUCUAGAGCAAAGGGCAGAGCGUGGAUCAGAGUUGCACUUAUGGAAAAACAUUUGUCAGAAUAUAUUUCUGCAGCUCUAAGAGACUUCAAAACAACCAGGAGAUUUUAUGAAGAUGGAGCAAUUGUCCUGGGAGAGGAAGCAAAUAUGCUUGCUGGCAUGCUGUUGGGACUCAAUGCUAUUGACUUCAGUUUCUGCCUGAAGGGAGAGGGAUUGGAUGGCAACUUUCCAGCUGUAAUAGAUUACACACCCUAUCUGAAGUUCACCCAAAGUUCUGAUAGCAUCAGCAGUGAUGAAGAAGAGCUAAGGACUCUGGGAAGUAGCGGCAGUGAAAGCAGUACUCCAGAAAAUAUUGGACCUCCUUUCAUCAUGGAUGAAAACAGUUGGUACAACAAAUGCAAAAGGGUAGAACAGAAGUAUCAACUCACCUUGGAGCAGAAGGGUUAUCUUGAAGAGCUAGUACGCCUCAGAGAAACCCAGCUGGCUGAAUCUGUCUCACAAAACAAACUACUGCUACAGAGGAUUGAAGAUAUGGAUCUAGCCCAUAAAAUGGAGAAGGAACAGCUGGAGUACAUAAUUGUAGAGCUGCAGGACCAGCUAACUGUGCUAAAGAAUAAUGAUUUGAGAUCAAGACAAGAGUUAACUACCCACCUCACCAAUCAGUGGCCUUCCCUGGGAGCUCUGGAUGUCAAUGCGGUUGCCUUGGAUACUUUACUCUAUAGAAAGCACAGUCAACAAUGGGAUGAGAAAAGUUAUCAAAGUCUGGACCAACUCUCUGCGGAAGUUAGUCUUUCUCAGACAUCUCUGGACCCAGGUAAUUCACAAGAUGGAGAUGGAAAGCAAGAUGGAUUAAAUUUACUAAGUGAAGUGUCUUCCACAAUUCCGGACAUCUGGGCUGCUCUUGUCUCACUGCUCAUGGAGGUGGAUCAGAAUUUUAGUGUCGCGUGGUCUGGCCACACCCUCUCUGCUCCUUCUUGCUGCCAGAUGAGGAAAGAAGACACUCCAUCAUUGCUUGGUCUUUGUGGCUCUCUGACUUCUGUAGCAAGUUAUAAAUCUCUUACAAGUCUGAAAUCAAGUGAAUACCUUGCAAGUCCUACAGCAGAGAUGACAAGUCCAGGUCUAACUCCAUCUUGAGCAGAUAUACAUAACAAGGAAGAGCUUUUGUGUUGUAUGCAUUCAAACAUAAUUUGACUUGCUGUGAAGACUCUUAAAGGUUCAAGCAAGCUAAAGAAUAUGCUGCUUUAUUUUGUCCUUUUUUUUUGUAAUGAUCUAUUUAAAGAAAAGUCACAAAACUUACAUCCAUUGUCUGUCAUGCUUUUCUUUAAAAGGAUUUUUCCCGGACUUACCCUUUGAGAUCUUAAAUUGUUUAAGAAUCCCAGUCAGAUACAGAAUGUAUGUAUGAUUUAGUAACAAAUGAUUACCUUUUAGAAUGAAAUAUGUGAACAUCAGUCUUCUGCUAAACUGUUGUGAUAUAUGUUCCUCAGGCUCUUAACUAGAGCACUUCCUUGCACUGCUCUGCAUAUUUGUCAACACUUGCAGAAGAGACAGGGAAUAAUAAGUCUUGGCAGACUAGUAAAGGAAUAUCUGAAUUCCAGUUUACAUUAUAUUACAAAACACUGCUUGUUUAAAUAUUUUUUAACCUGCACAUGUUCUAUUAUGUAGAAUCUUAAAUAACUUAUUUAACCUGUUAGAGGUUUUGAAAUACUGACAGGUAAGUGUUAAAUGUGCAUUCCCAUUAUCAUUAUGCCACUUAGAGAGUUGAUUUUUAUGUUCAGAUAAGGCCAUAUUAAGAAACAGUAUACAUUCCUAGGUUUUGAUGAUGGGACAGAGUAACAAAUCUUAUAAAUCGGGAUUACUUCCAACUUUUAAGAAGGGAUGAGAAGGCGAGUCACCAGGUGAUUGUGGGACCCAAAUGAGGAAGAACUUUGCAGGUAGAAGGUGCAUCUUAGUUAGUUACUUUUUGUUACUGACUUAUGUUAAUGUAAAGGUGGGGGAAACAUGGUUAUGUUAUCACCUUAGAGCUUUGGGAAACCCCACUCCCUAUGUCCAUUGUAAAGGAUCUCAGGAGUAAAAAAGGAUUAGAAUGAAAUGUUGACAAUUUAAAUGACGAAUAUUCUCCCAUGAAAGAGUUUUGGAUAGGUAUUUUUCUUGAUUAUUCUGUGCAGUAAUACUUAAACAGAAGUUAAUCCUUUAAAAUUCUAAGCCUCUAAUUAAGCUACUGAUAUGAAUUACCUGAAAACAUUUUUAAAUUAAGCUAAACUUUACAUCUUCCCAGUUUAACUCACCUUUAAAGUUUGCAAAUUAAUUUUUGAAUUGCAAACUGUAGUCUUACAUCUUUGUAAGAUGUAAUGAGUCCUUUGUCUAUGAAUUUUGCUACUAAGGUAAUGCUUAUCAGUAUCUUUUAAAAAAAUAUUAAAUGCAUGUAAGUGUGUUGUAUUUAUUAAUCAAGAGGAAAAGGCUUUGUUGUGCCAAAGAAGUUUCAAAUAUUGUUUACAUGAGUGGCUUCAAUAUUAAUAGGGUUAUCUAAUUAGAGCAUACUUUCAGAUAGAUUUUUGUUUACAGUCAGAUACUAUAUGCUAUACUCUUUGCUUUAUUUAUAUUUGCCAGAGAAAUGUGCCUCUUGUAAUUUUACCCUGGGCACUACUAGUUUUUCAAAGGGUGGGAUAAAGAAAAAUAGGCAAUCUAAUCAUUCUUGUAAACAGAAGAAUGCAGGAAUGUUGCCAUGAUAAACAUGUGAAAUGACACAUUGUCAGAACUGACUAAUCCAUUUUAAUGAUCUCUGAAAUAAAAUGAAAACAGUAGUGCUCCUUUCCUAAGGUCUACCAGAAUGCCUAUUACUGCAUAAAGUAAUUUCCUGGUUCUUGCACUACAAACCUGCUCUAAUGGCAGUUUAGUAGCUUAAUUGAACAGUAUUCAUUAAAUAUUAAUUUCAAAACUAGAGAUGCAUUUUUAAUACAAAGACAAUGAGGGAAGCAGGAGUCCAUAAAGGUAACAUUACUGAUUUGUGUACAGUAACUUGAGCAACCUGUGCUGUUUUAAACAUUUCUCCCAAUACAUCACAGUUCUUUGGCUAUAAUCAUGAUUUUUAUUCAUGUCCGCAGAUAGCUCUGUUGGAGGAGCUGCUAUAAAAUUCAUCUGUCAUGUAAUUUAAGUUUUAUGUAAUCUUUCACACUAGUAUUAGUUUGUAAAUGUCAAUGUUUGUGCAUGAGGAAGCUGGUUGUAUAUGUGUCCGUUCUAAAUGCUGUCCAUUUUCCAGAAAUAGUUGAACAAAAUAAAUGCCAAAAUUUAUGUAUUUUGUUGCCUUGCUAUAUUAUAACUGUUGCAUGUAAAUUAAACAUUUUGUACCAUUGCCACUA